AUAUAACUGCGUGACCCUGAGCGCGCUUUGAUCGUGGCUGCAAAGCAGAGGUUCAUAACAUUUCUUCUAUUUUCAAGCUAAGUCAUCCCCCCAUGCUUGAUCUUGAGUCCUCGCUCUGCUAGGCUCGUCGCCAGCUGUGUGAGGCAGUCUACGUUUUGAAGCACGCGUUCUCUGCCACAGCACGAACCAAUUGUCCGAGCCAAGAAGUCCAACUCCACCACGGUCUCAACGGCAAGGUGACUUUGGUGACAGUAUGUUUGCUUGGCAGGUAGAGUAUGACCUGACUGUGGUUCUUGAACAAUGUUGCCAUUCUUGCUUUGGCAAGGCCGUUGUAGCUUUAAUCCCACGGUGUCUGCGAACUACCUCGCAUCCAUCAGACCACAGGUUUGGUCUCUUCUUUCGCCCACCUCUUUUGGUAUACCAGCAAAUCUUCCUUUAUUCUUGAAUCAUUGCAUUGUGAGGCGUUGAUUCAUUCCCAAAAUGUUGACGCGGGCGUCCAUAAUUGCCUCCUUGCUUCUCGCCGCUCUCGCCGCUCCGAAUCCACAGAGAAACCGUGGACAGACGGCGCAACAGCAAGCCGCUAAGAUUCCGCAGGGUGUGUCCCAAGCAAUUGAUGGCUCCACAAUCCUCGAUUCGACGGCUCAGAUCAAUGGGUUGAAUAUUCGCUACAAGAUUUCUGCACCUGCAGCAAUGUUCAAAGCUGCAAGUAAUGUUACCGGUGCUCAAGCUGCCCCAGGGGACCAAAGUUCGAUGGGAAUCAACGUCCUUCUCCAUGGUGAUGGUGGACAGUCCUUCUUCGACUUUCCCAACCAGGCCGUUCAACAAAAUGUAAUGGGCGUCGCAGUUCUAGCCCCGGAUCCCAAUUUGUUCUGGGGAGGCGGUAGCGGACUUAACCGUGUGAAUGGGGCUGCUCAUUCCAAGGCUGUCAACGAUCUUGUCAAAAAUGUUCUACCCAACAUGGUGGCCUUCAACCAGUCACAGGUUUACUUUACUGGUGUCUCUGGAGGUUCGCUCUUGUUGAGCGGCUAUUUCAUUCCAACUCAAAUGCAGAACUUUGUUAACUCUGCUGUGUUGCUUGCUUGUGGUGCCAUGCCACCACAAAUUCAAUUCCAGGAUGCGCAAAAUGUCAUACAGACGACAAGGAUACAUUAUCAGAGUACUGUGAAUGAACUUCAAUUGCUUCAAGGCUCAAUCCCAAAGGCGGUCACUGCCUAUGAGCAGAUCGCGACCAGCGCGGGCAUGACUCCGGACCAGAUCGGGGCUUUACAAACAAUAGAUAACACCCCCCAGGGCGGGCACUGCGCCUUUGAUGGGCAAAGCUUUGUGAGCGGGGUACAGCUGAUCUCCAACAACUAUGCUCGAAUUGUUCAGCCAGGGGGAGAUGGCAACGUUCAGGGCAUAGGAAAUGUGCUCAAAUCGGUUGUUGGAAAUGAGCAACCUACGUUUGGACCUGAGCGGAGGCAAAAAUAUUGACCACUCACAUCAGCGUAGUUGGAACGAGAACUGCGAAUAGAUAUCAAGAGAAAACACGACAAUGAUAUAUAUUGGCUAAUCAGGUCGCGAUCGUGGCGUGGACACCUUUGUAGUUCCAAAUUUCCAUAGCUGUUCGAACGAAGAGCCUCGAAACUAUCAAUCUACAAAGAGC